ACGCGCGUCGGCGGGAAAAUGGCGGAGUCCGGCGGCAGUGGCGGCGGUGUUGGCGGCGGCGGCGCGUUCGGCGCGGGCCCAGGCCCUGAGCGCCCGAACAGCACGGCUGAUAAGAAUGGGUCCCUUAAGUGUACCUUCUCAGCACCUGGCCAUAGUACCAGCCUUCUACAGGGCCUGGCCACCCUCCGCUCCCAGGGCCAGCUGCUUGAUGUGGUGCUCACCAUCAAUAGAGAGGCCUUCCAUGCGCACAAGGUGGUCCUGGCUGCCUGCAGUGAUUACUUCAGGGCCAUGUUCACAGGCGGCAUGAGGGAGGCGAGCCAGGAUGUCAUUGAAUUGAAAGGUGUGUCGGCCCGUGGACUGCGGCACAUCAUUGACUUCGCUUACAGUGCUGAAGUGACCUUGGACCUCGACUGUGUGCAGGAUGUGCUGGGCGCGGCUGUGUUCCUACAGAUGCUACCUGUGGUGGAACUGUGUGAGGAAUUUCUCAAGGCAGCCAUGAGUGUGGAGACCUGCCUCAACAUCGGCCAGAUGGCCACCACUUUCAGCCUGGCCUCACUCCGGGAAUCGGUAGAUGCUUUCACCUUCCAGCACUUUCUGCAGAUUGCAGAGGAGGAGGACUUCCUGCGCCUGCCCCUGGAGCGCCUUGUCUUCUUCCUGCAGAGCAAUCGGCUGCAGAGCUGCACUGAGAUUGACCUGUUCCGUGCUGCCGUCCGCUGGCUGCAGCAUGACCCAGCCCGGCGGCCACGUGCCAGCCAUGUGCUCUGCCACAUCCGCUUCCCACUCAUGCAGUCGUCGGAGCUGGUGGACAGUGUGCAGACGCUGGACAUCAUGGUAGAAGAUGUGUUGUGCCGUCAGUACCUGCUAGAGGCCUUCAACUACCAGGUGCUGCCCUUCCGGCAGCAUGAGAUGCAGUCACCACGCACCGCUAUUCGCUCGGAUGUGCCCUCACUGGUCACCUUUGGUGGCACACCCUAUACUGACAGUGACCGCUCUGUCAGCAGCAAGGUGUACCAGUUGCCUGAGCCUGGUGCUCGCCACUUCCGUGAGCUCACAGAGAUGGAGGUGGGCUGCAGCCACACAUGUGUGGCUGUGCUGGACAACUUUGUGUACAUAGCUGGUGGCCAGCAGUUGCAGUAUCGGAGUGGUGAGGGUGCUGUGGAUGCCUGCUACCGCUAUGACCCCCAUCUGAACCGCUGGCUACGCCUGCAGGCCAUGCAGGAGAGCCGCAUCCAGUUCCAGCUGAAUGUGCUCUGCGGCAUGGUGUAUGCCACAGGUGGCCGCAAUCGGGCCGGAAGCCUGGCCUCUGUGGAGAGGUACUGCCCCCGGCGUAAUGAGUGGGGCUAUGCCUGCUCGCUGAAGCGCCGCACAUGGGGCCACGCUGGGGCUGCUUUGGGGAGCCGCCUCUACAUCUCGGGUGGUUACGGCAUCUCGGUGGAGGACAAGAAAGCCCUGCACUGCUAUGACCCUGUGUCCGACCAGUGGGAGUUUAAGGCGCCCAUGAGUGAGCCUCGUGUGCUGCAUGCCAUGGUGGGUGCUGGUGGCCGCAUCUAUGCCCUCGGUGGCCGCAUGGACCAUAUGGACCGCUGCUUUGACGUCCUGGCUGUGGAGUACUAUGUGCCUGAGACAGACCAGUGGACCACUGUGAGCCCUAUGCGAGCAGGCCAGUCAGAGGCCGGCUGCUGCCUGCUGGAAAGGAAAAUUUACAUCGUUGGGGGCUACAACUGGCGCCUCAACAAUGUGACGGGCAUUGUGCAGGUGUACAACACGGAGACAGAUGAGUGGGAACGAGAUCUGCACUUUCCGGAGUCCUUUGCAGGCAUUGCCUGUGCCCCUGUCCUGCUGCCCCGGGCUGGGACUAGGAGGUGA